UUUCUCCAAUGGAGUUGGCCCUGGUGAAGUGCUUUAUGCUAUGUUUAGUCAUUAUCCUGCUUCGAGGCAAAGGACACAAUGGUUGCAAUAAAGUGGAGAGAAUGGCUCUCUUAGAAUUCAAGUCAUCUCUUUAUAAACCACAACGUCAUGGUCGUAUUCCUAACUUCCUCCUCCCCUCGUGGAUAGAUGAUCCGCAGAGUGAUUGCUGUAGCUGGGAGCGAGUCACGUGCAACCAUACCACAAGUCACGUGAUCGAGCUCUCCUUGGACAACGCUUAUCAUGAUCUUCCCUUUUUCUCGUCGUCGCUAGUGAAUAUGUCCAUGUUCCAGCCACUGAAAGAGCUCAGAAUCCUUAAUUUAUCUUACAAUGGAUUUGAUGCUGGUUCUGAAAGUUUGGCAAGACUGGAAAAGCUAGAGAUUUUGGAUCUUAGUCAUAACAGCUUGGAUGAAAGCAUCAUGCCAUCACUGGGUGGACUCACAUCCCUUAAGAAACUAAUUCUAUCACAAAACGCGUUUGGUAUCUAUCCUAAACAAGGUAUUUCUAAUUUAUCAUAAUCGUUUACGCCUGCAUAUAUACCAAAUCUAUGAUCAUAUCAUGGUAAUUGUAUGCUCUCUUUAUUCCAUUAAUUGAAUCCUCUGUUGGCUAGCUUAAUGUCAAGGUUUUGUUUGAAGUUGAAGGGCACCAACAUUUUUG